AGAGGGAAGGAAUCCCUGAGGAAGGGGAGAACAUAACCAUACCGAAGGGUCUUGACUACCCACUCACAGGCCCGAUGUUCUCCCACUCUUGCCAGUGCUGCUGCAGACAAGCCCCAACUUGCAGCAGCAUCUCCGCAGCGUCCCUAGCGAGAUCCGUGACGGCCCCUAGAGCGGCCACAGAAGAAUCCUUGAGAGCAAAAGGAACUACUCGCCUUAGAAGCAGGAGGGUGUGGAACCGAAGGAGGCGCAACCAGUGCAAGGUGUCAGGAACCAACGGCACGACCAGUCUUAAGGUGUGUCCACACUGGGAGCGAGAAAGCGGGCAAGAGCAAGAGCGAGAAACUUUAAUACAUGCAGGCAAUGGAGGUGGCCACACUGGCAGCAGCCAGAGGAUGGCUUCCCUGCGGGUGGAAAAGCAGGAAAGCAAGAAGAGGCAACAGUUUACUUAUCACACAUUCACAGACAACAUCAAGCUUAAAGGUGUCAUUGUGGUGGGAGGUGAUGGUUGCUAUCACCCCAGCAAAAUGAGACUCUUCAAGAAUAGGGAGCACAUGACCUUUGAUGAUGUAGGUUUGGCUGCUGAUCAGGAAUUUGAACUUCAUCCUGAUCCCUCUGGCACUCUGGAAUAUACCACAAAAGUGGUGACCUUCUCCUCUGUCACACAUUUGACCCUUCAUUUUCCCACAAACUUUGGUGAAGACAGCACCAAGAUUUCAUACAUUGGAUUUCGUGGGGAAUAUACCAAGGCACACAGGCAUGGUGUCACCAUCUGCAAUUAUGAAUCUACACCUCAAAUAUCUGACCACAAAGAUAAGGCCAUGGAAAGUGUGGGUCGACCUGUAAUGUGAUGAGGAUACUGCUUGGGACAUGGGAAGGGUUUUUACAUCUUGUCAAGUGUCACAUUUUGUAGCAUUGUUGAUGAGAAUUUGUGGGUAACCCUUGCUGUUUCUCAGACUUCAUUCAAAAGUUGAUUGAGAAGAGAUGCAUGUGCCUCAUAUCAGUUAUCAGCCUAAUGGAUUGUUGGUAAUAAGUACUAUAUAGGUCUUGUUACCUCUUAGUUCAUGUGUGAGUUCUGGAAGGAUGAAUGUUGAGAUGGAUUGUUUGCUUCGUUUUAACUUUAGCAUGUUAAGUUUUAGUGUCAUAUGAAAUGAUACUUUUAAGAAAGUGAUAAGAGCAAAAGGAAUAUUAUUGUCCCUCAUUACUUUUACUGUAAUUAAAGAUGAAGAUGAAGUUUAAUCAAUGUAUAUUGUGACACUGUUAAUCCACAAUUUAGUAUGCCUUCUCUUUUGCAUUUGGAUUUUAUAAUUUUUCUCUUGAGAUGCUGAUAUAACAUGGUAUACUUUGUUAAUGUGCAAAUCUUGCUUUGAAGUACAUGGCUAAUAUUUAAAUAGUAGUAUUGUUCAAUACCUCAAAAACUCAAUUUCUCCAUCUAUCAGCUUGAUGCAACCUUCUAGACAACUAUCCUCUCUUCUUCAAUGACACUCAACUGUAACCCUCUACUACUCUGAAUAUCCCCAGUCUAUCCUUUACUUAUAACCCAAAAUGAAAACUUCACUUCUCUUCUCUAGCUAACAUAGCUUCCAUGAAGUUUGGCAUUCUGCUUCUAUGAAGUUAGGCAUUCUGAGUUGUUUCCAGCAGUUUUACUCACCCCGUCAACUGCUGACUCUGUACAGGGGCCUUAUCUAUCCAUGUAUACAGUUUCUUUCAUGCUGUUUUAUCAGAUAAGAUGGAAGCAAAAGCUUUUUGCUUUAGUAGAUCCUCUCCUCCAACUGAUUGUCUUCAGCCUCUUUCUAACCAACGGAAUGUUACAUAUCUUUCUAUUGUCUACUGCUAUUUCAUGCCAACUAUUCUUCUGAUAUUGCUAACUGCAUGCCUACCCUCCUCCCGUGUCUUUGCUGCACGUGACUUUCUUCUUUCUCUCAUCCCUAUUUUGCCUACCUCUCUAUCGCAGGAGUUAACUAGUACUCUCCAUCAUUCAUCCCUUUCUCUGGUAAACUCUGGAAUUCCCUACCUGUUUCUAUAUUUCCAUCUCCCUGUGACUUGAGCUCAUUUAAGAGGGAGGUUUCAAGACAUUUAUUUCAUUCUUUUGGCUAACUCUCUCAUCUCUGUUCUGGGAAAUGGCAUCUCAGUGGACCUUUUUGCUGAAUAAUUUUAUUGCCCUUGGCCAGUUUUUCCCUCUUACAUAAAAAGAAUAAAAAAGUCAUGUCUCCUGACCUGACCUCAAUUGAGGAAGAUUGACACCUCUUUCCCUUUUUAUGUUUCUUUAAUGUUGGAAAAAUGUAACAAUGCUAAAUCAUUGUAAGACUAAUUAUUUUGCAUACACUGAGUAUAUCCAUAUUUCCAUGAGGGAUGAUAUAUUUGUAAAGCUAGUGAUAGUAGUGCUAUGCUCUGUAACAAUUACCUCUCUUGACCACAUCAUGUCCUAACCACUAUCAUUCUACCUUACACCUUCUCUAUUUACCACCGGGUUUCUCAAACGCUGUCUUGAGACAUGUCACUUUACCACCUGGAUCACUGCUUGACUGCUGUUUUGAAACCCUGUCUCACUGCCAAAUCACCUCACCACCUCUCUACCAUUCUCCCCACUUCUCCAACCAAGCUAUCAUAGUGGGCAGGGUAUCCUAUCAUUAGUCACACCUAGGGCUCUGUAAACUCACUACUUCUGAACUUUAGCUGACCAACAACCAUCAAGGGACUACUGUUUCUGCAUCCUAUGUCAUCUGAGUACACUUUCAUUUUUGUGUUCUAAAAACAUGUCUCAGGAUUAGGUAGGAUUGUGUAAAAUUUUUCUUCUGUGUUACCAUGUUUCUUAUAGUUUUGUUAUGAUUGUGUUUAUUUAUGUUCUGUGUUAAGUUUAAGGCUUUUGGGUAUUGUUAUUAAAGGGCUACUAUAAUCUUAACUUUCGUCUACCCUUCAUUCACUGGGCUUGUUCUGUCUGAUGUCUUAUCCUUCUAAGUACCUUCCCUCCACUUUUUUUGUUACAUUGGUGGAUCUCUCAAUGGGUAGACUACUUGGCCCCUCCACCUACUAAUGUAGCAAAUAGCACCAUGACGGGACCCUUCUUUCUUGCAUAUUAGACAAGCCAUUAAAGUAUCUAAUUUUCCUAAUUUUCAGUGAUGUAUGUUUUUAGUUACUAAAGACAGUGAAAUUUAAAUUUGACCCUAUGAUUUACAUUUGCUCCAUGUGUGGUUAAAUUACCAUUGUUAAUGUCAUAUUGGUUUUUCAUUAUGGUGUUAGGUCAGAAACAGUUAAAAAUAGAGAUCUGGUUCAUCAAUUACACUUGUAAUAUUUUACAUACAGUAAACCCUGGUUAAGUUGGAUCCUCCCGAUCAAAGACUAUAUAAAUAAACAAGACUGGAAAGCGUCAAUCUACCGUGUAGCCUAAGGAAACUGGCAACUCUUCUUGUUUGCGGUUCACUCACGCGAUGGCGCUGCUGUUGCAGCUUAAGAUCAAGAUCAGCACCGUUGAUCCAUCUGUAUGUUUACAUGUGUCAACACUCAAACAAGUGGGCCCACAGCAGUGACAGGUUACACGCCGCAUGUUCUCAAGAAAUCCGCAAAAAUGAACACUAGAGUGGGGCAUCCAUGUGUUAUUUGUUGCAGGACAAAGGGCACCCACCCACACUUGAUCUUCCAUCACUUUCCUAAAGAUCAUGACAGGUAAGUACUGGUGUAUAACAUGUGGAUCGUAGUAUACUUGAUUUGGUUGAGACCUGUACAAAUUGGUAUAAACCUGCAUAUUUGUUUGCUUAUGCUUGCCUGCUUCUGCUAUAUUUGUAACAGCUUCCAUUCUAAAAUCUAGGCCUGUUGUUUUGGUAAUUGUUUAUGUUUAUAAUUUCCAAUUAACUUUUUAAAUUAGCUUAGAUAUGUGCUUUUCCUUUCAUGAGAAUUCCAUAUUUCUGGAUAACAUUUAAAAAAAAUUAAUUGCACUCAAAAUUGGCAAAUAAAUAAAAAAUAUGACUUACAAAAA